AUGAACCUUAUUGUAGCUGCUCGGCUCAUCAAAGGUCUUGGUGCUGGCGGCCUUGACGUCUUACAAACUAUUAUCCUCUGCGAUAUCACACCACUCAAGGAUCGACCGCGCUGGCUAGGCGUCUUGUCUGUGGCAAAUGCCGUUGGUGCUGUCACCGGGCCAUUCAUUGGAGGCGUGUUUGCCGAACGGGUUGGGUGGCCAUGGCUUGGGUGGAUCAAUCUCAUCGCUGUGGGCAUCGCGGGCAUCUUGACUUUCUUCUUUCUCCGAUUAAAGCCCGUUGGGGGUGGACUCGGAGACAAGAUGCAAAAGCUUGACUGGUCUGGAUUUGCCCUCUUCACAGUCAUUGGUACAGCUAUAGCGCUGCCGCUGAGCUGGGCUAACGAGCUUUAUUCCUGGGCAUCUUGGCAGACCCUUGUUCCACUUCUUAUCGCCAUCCUGCUCAUCAUCCCAUUCUGCUUCGUUGAGAGAAGAGCAAAGGUACCUAUGAUCCCGUACCAAAUCUUUGACAAUGUCUCCAUCAUCACAGGAACUCUGGCUGGGUUCAUCUAUGGCUCGUUGCUGAACCCUAUACUCCUCUAUCUUCCGCUGCUCUUUCAAGCCCUAUACCGCGAACGUCCUUUCGUUGCCGCCAAAUCGACUCUACCCAUAUGCUGCUUGAUCGUAGCAAUGAGUGUCACUGCGUCGUUGCUGAUAGACUGGAGGCGCAAGUAUCGUAUUGCCACGUGGUCUGGCUGGGCCAUCGCAACGAUAUUCCUGGGCCUUAGCUACACAAUCGACGCAGAGUCCAGCAGAGCUCGUAACUACAGUGCCCGUGCACCAGAUGAGCACCAUCGCCAGUUGAGCACCCCCACCACCACAACAACAAAACUUCAACGCGUCAAAACUCAACCAAUAUGGACCCGAUUCAAGAAGCGAUUGCAGAAAUCGAAUCGCGAGAACCAGGAGAUAAAUUCUCGUAUCAAGCAAUCGCGAAAAAGCAUGGUGUAG